CCUUUAAAAGCGGUUCAAUUCAAUGUAUAUCCUUACCGAAGGAAUUAGGGAAAGAUAAUGGCGGUGGAACCGGCUUCUGCUAUCUUGGAUCUCUCGUCGGCCCUCCUAACGAAGAAAUCCGAUGAUGGGGAGAAGAUCGGGAUCGACGAGAUGCUGCAGAGAUUCUUGGGGGAUUUCGGGCACUGGCAACUGAGGCAUUUCGUUCUCACCAGCUUGGCAUGGGCGCUCGAGGCUUUCCAUACAAUGGUCAUGAUCUUCGCCGAUCGCGAGCCGGCUUGGAGGUGUACGGCUCCGGGUGGUGGGCCAGGCUGCGGUGGCGUGGUGGAUCCACGGACGGUCUGCGAUUUGAAACCCGGGACGUGGGAGUGGAUAGGUGGGCCAGGCGUUUCGACGGUGGCUGAGUGGGGGCUCGUCUGCGGAGAGAAGUAUAAGGUCGGCUUGGCUCAGUCGGCUUUCUUCGCCGGCUGCAUUGAAACAGGUGCUGGCGUGUUUGGACAUCUUUCCGAUUCCUUCCUCGGACGUAAAGGUUCACUAACCAUCGUCUCUGUCAUGAAUCUCAUUUUUGGGUGCCUAACCGCAAUCUCACCGACCUACUGGAUCUACACGCUCCUCCGCUUCCUUACUGGCCUCAGCACUGGUGGCGUCGGCCUAUGUGCAUUCGUCCUCGCCACUGAGCCCGUUGGCCCAAGCAAACGAGGCUUGGUUGGUAUGUCUGCAUUCUACUUCUUCUCAGGUGGAAUUGCGGUACUCGCAGCUAUGGCCUACGUCUUCCAGUCAUGGCGGCAACUCUACAUUAUCGCCUCCAUACCAUCCCUCCUUUUCCUCAUCAUGGCAAUCCCCUUCAUCUCUGAAUCGCCGCGGUGGUACCUUGUCCAUGGUAACGUUUCCAAAGCCAUGAAAGUCAUGCAUGCCAUCGCUGAGCGCAACGGGACGCACCUCCCUGAUGGAGUAUCACUCGCAUUAGACGAUGCUAGUUCACAAAAGUGUGACGAUCCAACUAAUGAAGUGUCAACCUCGAGCUCGCUAAUUGACGUUGUCCGAUUACCUCUUACUCGGAGUCGCCUAAUCCUAAUCGUCAUUAUCAAUUUCCUAACAUCGGUUGUGUACUAUGGUCUGAGCUUAAAUGCUGUUAACCUUGGAACAAACCUCUACAUCAACGUUGCCCUCAAUGCAGUGGCAGAAAUGCCAGCAUUCGCGUUAACUGCAUGGCUAUUGGAUGUUUUCGGGCGGAAGCCAUUAACAAUUGGAACAAUGUGGUUUAGUGGAGUGUUUUGCAUUGCAGGAAGCUUGAUUGUAAGUGCAGGUUCUUUGAAGACGGUAAGAGCAGCGUGCGGCAUUUUGGGUAUAUUUGGGAUGGCCGGAACUUACAAUUUGCUGUUUAUUUAUGCGGCAGAACUAUUCCCGACGGUUGUUAGGAAUGCAGCGCUGGGGUGCGCGACACAGGCGGGGCAGAUGGGUGCAAUCCUGUCGCCAUUGGUGGUGGUUUUGGGAGGGGGAGUGCCGUUCAUGGUGUUUGGGGUGUGUGGAAUUGUCGGCGGUUUGCUCGCAUUCUACCUGCCGGAGACAUUGAAUAGGCCUUUGUAUGAUACAAUGGCUGGAAUGGAGGUUGGUGAGAUUGUGAAGUGAGUAUGAAAAAAAACAUAGAUUUUGAAUUUUGUACUAAA